AUGACUACUUUAACCCCAGUGACAUGCAAGAAUGCACCAUCUGCAGCCGCCUCAUACUCUCAUGCUAUGAAGGCUAACAACUUAAUAUUUCUAUCUGGGCAAAUUCCAAUGACCGCUGAGAAUAAGCCUGUCGAGGGCUCUAUUGCUGAUAAGGCUGAGCAGGUUAUUCAAAACAUUAAAAACGUUUUGGAAGCCAGUAAUUCCAGUUUGGAAAAGAUUGUCAAGGUCAAUAUCUUCUUAGCUGACAUCAAUAGUUUCGCCGAAUUUAACACCGUUUAUGCUAAGUAUUUCAAUGUUCAUAAGCCAGCUAGAUCAUGUGUUGCUGUUGCAGCAUUGCCUCUAAAUGCAGAUUUGGAAAUGGAAGUCAUUGCAGUGGAAAACGAUUAA